CGAACUAUUGGCGAGAAUGAUAAUCACGAGUACUGUCAGCCCGGCGUUGAAAAUUGGCCUGCAAUUUCUCGGCAUGUGGCCGAAUGUACCGCAUUCUACUAUCUAUUGGCUGAGUUUUAUGUUAAGUAUGUUGAUCAUACAGUACUUCCAGUAUCUGUAUAUAUUCAACCAUUAUAAUGUCAACGAACUCUUGAAUGUCGUUGACGCUCUGACAGCAACUCUAGAUUAUAGUUUGACAUUUUUUAAGUUGAUCAGUCUGUGGAUACAUCGUCGAGUUCUUCAUCAAGUCUUGACUGAUAUGGAAAAUGAUUGGCGCGAGUGCAUGAAUGUUGACCAGCAUUCGUGUGUUAUGCAAGUCAAAGCCAAUAUAGCGCAUUUUUGUUCCAAUGCCAUGUUAAGCGUUAACGCAACCGUUUCAGUACUUUAUUUCUUAGGGGAAUAUAUAAUUGAUUUCAUCUUUCUAGCUGAAGAGUCCAAUGACACUUUGCGACAGUUUCCUGUAAAAACAGAAUUUCCUUAUGUAACUCAACAAUCGCCGUUCUUUGAAUUGCUCUUUGCGAUAUUAUUGAUACAUAUAAUGUUACAUGCAAGCGCGGUCGGGACUGUAAACGGAUUGAUCUUUACUUUGGUGCUUCAUGUGAGCGGACAAAUCGAUAUAAUGUGUCAAGAAUUAAGAAAUAUUUCUGAGAAUAUUCUUCUUCAGAGAUCUUCCGUACCUUUAUUUCGAAUGCUGAUUGAAAGACACAACAGAAUCAUUUCAUUUUCUGAAAAUAUUGAGAAACUCUUCUUUUUUAUCGCGUUAAUGCAAAUUGUUUGGAAUACAUUAGUUAUUUGCAGCAUAGGAUUCGUCUUCAUAAUUUUUAUUCAUAGUGAAACCGGUGUUUUCGUGUUAGUGAAAACCGCUUUUGCUUACUGUGGCAUAAUGAUGGAAGCCUUUAUUAUUUGUUUUGCUGGAGAAUAUCUUAGCCACAAGGGUAAAUUAAUUGCCAAUGCAACAUACGAUACGUUGUGGUAUAAUAUGCCGUCAAAUGAGAGUAAAAUUAUAAUAUUCAUAAUAAUGAGAUCCCAAAAACGACUAGCAAUCACGGCUGGGAAAAUGGUGGACAUGUCAUUUGAAACCUUCUCGAGUAUUGUGAAGGCGUCAGCAUCCUAUAUAUCUGUCUUAAAUGCUAUGUAUUGAAUGCUAUAUAUCAACAUCAAGGUAACUGUCGAAACCGUAGUGUAAUUAUUACAUCUGAUGGACACUUGUAUGUCAAGAAUGAAUGAAAAAUUAGAACUGUAUGAACAAAAUAUAAUAACUAUUAGUUAUCUUUUAUAAAGUGUAAGUUUUAAAAUAGAUAAAUUUCACAAAGCAAAAUUAUAGUCUAUAUAAAAGGAAUACAUGUUUCUUUUUGUUAUUAUCGAUUGAAGACUUUUAUAUAAAAAGGAUACAUACUGCGGAGUAUGUUGAACAUUUAAGCCAUUGUAUCUUAACUAGAAAGUCAUUUGUAUUUGCAUAUGUAUAGACAUAUACAGAUCUAUUUUAUCGUAUGUAUGUAUUUGUAACUAAACAUUUACAUAUCUCCAGUUGUAAACCGUUUGUUACUAGAA